CAUAACAGUGUGGUUAUCUUAGCAGUCUCCUUUAAAAACGCUUUCAAUGGAAAACUUUUACUGGCGCAACAAGGUAGCGGUGGUCACCGGUGCCUCCGUAGGAAUCGGAGCCAGCACAGCGGUGGAACUGGCCAAUGCCGGAAUGCAAGUGGUUGGACUUGCCCGACGAGUGGAGCUCAUAAGGGCCCUGGGUGAACAAGUGACUGGUGAAGGUAAGAUCCAUGCCCGUCAGUGCGACCUCAGCGAUGAGGAGCAAUUGAAGAGCACUUUUUCCUGGAUUCGGGAUCAGUUCAAAGCCAUUCAUGUGGUCAUCUGCAACGCUGGCAUCCUGAAAGCCAAUUUCCUUAGCGAGUCGCCGACCAAGGACAUCAAGGAACUCUUCGACACUAAUGUGGUGGCCACGGCUACCUGCCUGCGGGAAGCCCUGAAGCAGAUGGCAGCGGGAGGAGAACGUGGCCACAUUGUGGUAAUGAACAGCAUUCUCGGACAUCGGAUUCCGGAAGUGCCGGUGCCCUUAUUCAGCGUUUAUCCGGCCACGAAGCAUGCAAUUACGGCCCUCUGCCAAACGGUGCGCCAGGAAAUACAUUUUCUCAAAUUAAAUAUUAAAUUAACGAGCAUCUGCCCGGGCAUGGUGGACACCGAUUUCCUCAGUGUUUAUUCGCAGGCGGUGGCUGAGCUGCCGAAGCUGCAGGCGCAGGAUGUGGCCAAGGCCGUGCUGUAUGCUUUGAACACCCCCGACGGAGUCCAGGUGGAGGACAUCAUCCUCCAGCAGAUGCGGAGGGUCAAUUAACUCAUUUCAGGAUGCGAAUUUUCAUUGAUUUAUAUAUUUCUCCGAUUGAAUG